AUGUAUUACUUAUUAUACUAUGCGUAUUAUGUAUUAUUUAUUACAGUAUGUGUUAUAAAUAUUUUUAUUAUUUUUACACCCAUGUCUAAUAACUCUAAUUUAGUGCGUAUCCCAUCUAAUCCCGUUGUAUAUUUAGAUAUAUCCAGUAAUAAUAAGUUUAUUGGUAAAUUACGUAUACAAUUGGCAUCUAAUAUUGUACCAAGAACAGUAAAUAACUUCCUUAAGUUAGCCACAGGCAACGUAAAGGAUAAAUCGGGUUAUAAGAACAGUAUAUUCCACAGAGUAAUAAAAGGGUUCAUGAUCCAGGGUGGUGAUAUAAUUAAUGGAAAUGGGACUGGAAGUAUUUCCAUAUACGGAAGUAAGUUUAAGGAUGAGAACUUCAACAUACCCCAUAAGAAGUAUUGUAUAUCCAUGGCUAACAGUGGCAGGGACACAAAUGGGUCACAGUUCUUUAUUACCACUGGUGAUACUGACUGGUUAAAUGGGAAGCAUGUUGUAUUUGGUGAAGUAAUUAGUGGUACAGAAGUACUUGCUGAAAUUGAGAAUAUUAGAUGUGAUAGGAAUGACAGGCCAAUUAAUGAAGUAAAGGUAGUGGACUGUGGCGUAGAGUGAAGAACUUAGUACACAUAUACUAUAUAAUAAUAAAAUAAAC